CCACCGCACAGUACCUGGGCAUCUCCAGCGGGCGGCCGGGGGGCCUGCGCAGGCGCUCCGACUUGCGUUCGUGAGAUCACCAAUGACGUUGGGGCUGACGUGCCGCGAAGGCGGCCAAUGGGCGAGUGCUUCGUGGAGGAACGGGUUCUAGAAGGAAGAGUGACGGUGCUGGGCGCUCGGUGGUGGCUGGAGGUCGGCGGAGUGGGAACCGCCGGAGGAGGAAAUCUUGAUAAUGGCAACUGCACAGUCAGUCUUUGCUUUUGCUGUCUGUAUUUUAAUGAUAUCAGAAUUUAUAUUAGCAAAGAAAGACUAUUAUGAAAUUUUGGGUGUGCCAAAAAAUUCUUCUGACCGUCAGAUCAAGAAAGCAUUUCACAAACUUGCAAUGAAAUACCACCCGGAUAAAAAUAAAAGUCCUAAUGCGGAGGCAAAGUUCAGGGAAAUUGCAGAAGCAUACGAAGUCCUCUCGGAUGAGAAGAAAAGGAAAGAAUAUGAUCACGUGGGUCAUCAGUUUUUCAAUGCAGGCAGUGGUGGCCAUCAACCUGGUUCUUUUAAUUUUAAUUUUGAUGACCUCCUUAAGGAUUUUGACUUUGAUUUUGGCCACCGAGCACAUCACAAGAAACACUUCAACAGUCACUUCAGGGCACAUCAGGAAGCACAAAAUGCACAUAGGUUUUCUUUUGGAGAUAGACAGUUUCCUUUUGGAGGUGGGUUGUUCGAUGAUGUAUUUGAAGACAUGGAAAAGAUGUUCUCAUUCAGCAGUUUUGGCAGCACACACAAGCACACAGUGAGAACUGAGAAGUUUCAAAGCACUGGGAAGCAGCAAUGCAAGACUGUCACACAGCGGAGAGGGAACAUGGUCACCACGUAUACAGACUGUUCAGUGCCGUAAACUUACUGAAAGUACAUAACUGUAACAGUGUGGUUGACACCUUUUGUGUGUCAUGGCUUGUUUCCCAUGCAGAGUGUCAAGAAAGGCAAUAGCUGAGCUGACUUGCACAAAAAAAGUUUUCCUGUUAGUUUUUGUGGCCCUUUAUAGAAAUUUAUUGGGUGCAAUGAACUAAUUCAAGCUAGAAAAUGUACUUAGCAGUAGUAUACACUUUCUUAGUAAAAUUCUAAAUGUAUAAAUGAAGCAAUAGUAAGAACAAUUAUAGUAAAAGCUAGCUCAGGAAGUAAAGUAACAGGUUUAAAAGAAAUAAUGAUGAAGCAGGUUAUUCUGUAACAUGACUGCAUUUAUUUGCUUAAUUCUAAUGUAUGACGUGCUUCAAGUUUGAGGACAGAUCUUGUCAUGUCAAGAUUAAUGAAGGCACAGUGCAGUGAUCUAAUAGCUUGAUCUAGUUACUAGCUUACCAAUUUCUUAAUAUGAACUACAGUAUCCUGUAAUUCGAUUUCUAAAUGUCAAUGCUGAACCCAUGCCUUAUUGCUUUUGUUUCAUGGUUUAAAAGGUCUGCAGACUUGGAUCUAAUUUUGGAUUUGCUAUGUUGCCAUUACUUUUUGGGCCUUGGAUUUGAAAACAAUUUGAAUGCAAAAGUGUAUAUUUUGAGGAAUUACCAUGUUUGAAUCUAAACUACGUUGGUAUAGAGAAAUUGAGCAUUUAGUUAAAACUUGCUAAUUUUCUUAAUGUAUAUAAUUUAAAAGUAAAUAUAUGAAGACUUAAUUCCUGCAAAGCUCUAAGCACAAGGUGCUGAAUAAAAUUGCAUUUUAAUACAGAGCUUUGAAUUUGAUUUCAAACUAUGUCUAAACUGGGGUUUUGACAAAUAAUAUUUACAAAAUUAUAAGCCACAGCAUGCUUUUCUGAUACUGUAAAAGACGCUUUAAAAGUGUGUAGGUGGGAAAAAUUGUCAUUCCUCAGUUCAAUGUUGGCUUUUAUGUUAUCGAGCUAACGACAAAACUAACAAAAUUUAAGUUGUUCUUAAAUAGCAAAUGAAUAACUGUGGUUAACCUAUACCCUGGGGUGUUCAGUAAACUUGUAUCACUUAAAAUAAGAAAGAUAUACUUAGUUACAUUGUGAUCACUUUGUCUUUCUUGCCAUGUCUCCAUCUUGCCUUUUGAUUAGUGUAUGGAAUUUAUGAAAUCUUGAUUACCUCAUUUCAUUGUCUGAAAAACAGAGGCGAAGAACUGUGUACUGUUCAGUGUGCAAUAUUAGCAUGCAGAGACCUGUUGCUGGACUACAGAUGUUCAGUGGACUCCAUUAGUUUAUUAAAAUUGUGAAAUCUGUGUCCAAGAUGUCUGCAUUUUUCCAAAAUGCACUUGUUAAAUAAAUCCAGGUGAUAAGACCUUGCAUUGUGUUAAAAUGAA